CUAAAGAACCCUUAAAGAACCAUCUUUUUUAAGAGUGUAGUUAGUGUUAUAAAUCCUUCUCUCUGGGAAACUGAACAGAUGAAUUAUGUAGAUUUUCAGCUCAGUUUACAGAUCAGAACUGCGAGUUUUGACUCAGUAUGUUUUCUGUUCUUCAGCCAAACGUGUUGCAGACACAGCAGAUGAAGCCGGAAAAUUCUGGAAUGUUCCUAAUCUUCCUUUAUCCAGCUCUGAACACGGAUAAGUUUAAACAGUUAAACAGUUCAGCUAUGCAGUACAAGGUCCUGCUGACCAAAGCCGGCCUUUUUAUUGAAUGUCCCCCACGUUGGUCAGCCCUGUAGGGUUAAAUUGACUCAUCUCUCUACCUCCUUUAGAAACUAGGCUCUACUUACUAAUAACUGUGCACACUGAUUUCUGAUUUCCGUGGACGGUGGCGGCGAUUUGCUUUUUAGAAGAUUAUAAAUAAAUAAAUAAAUGAGAUCAAAGCGGCACAAAUUGUUGGAUAAUCAGUUUGUACUUUUUAAAAUCAGUAGCUUAGGCGGAGAGUUUUGCAUCUCUGAAGCGUAUGAAUAUUUAUAAUGAUCUACUGUGAGUGUCGCAGGUGCACUUGAAGACUUUUUGUGUUUUUUGGGGUGUGUAAAUAAAGGCCUGUCCACUGCGAGAGGACGUGGACGACUGCUGUAGGAAAAUGACCACACAGCUGGGUUUGCGCACAUGAACCCCUACAGGAACUUCAUCAUGAUGAAAUAUCUGGUUCUAAUGCAACGUUUGUGUGGGUGGAAUGUGCCGAGUCAGACAAUCAGCAGAGUCAGUGGAGCUGGAUCAUGGCGCGGCGCUGCUCUGCCACGUCUCUGCCUCAGCUGAGCAGAUUAAAGUGUAGAUAUGUGCUGGUCUGCGCGCUGCUGGCCGCUCUCUGGAGCUCUGAAGCUCAGGCCGGACUCUACUCUGCUGUUGACCAGGUUCUGGUGCUGGACGCCGACAGCGUUUCUCGGGUCUUCAACGCUUCCUCGGCGUUAGUGCUGGAGUUUUAUGCGACCUGGUGUGGACACUGCGCUGCCUUCGCUCCGAUCUGGAAGAACCUGGCCAGAGACAUCUCAGAAUGGAAGCCUGCGGUUGACAUGGCGGCCCUGGACUGCGCCGACGAGAACAACAGAAGAGUCUGCACCGGGUUCGGCAUCACCGGGUAUCCCUCUAUAAAGUUCUUUCCUGCGUAUUCCGGUGAGGAGUUUAUCGGAGAGAGUCUCAGAGAUUUUCCGCGGGAUGUCCGAGGCCUUCGCCACCUCAUUAUUGACAAACUGGAGUCCCACAAAGAACCAGCACCCCCAGCAUGUCCACCACUGGAACCGGCCAGUGCUGCUGAGAUCGACAGCUUCUUUGAGAAUAAUAACGUGCAGCACCUGGCGCUGGUGUUUGAGACGAACAGCUCAUAUGUGGGCAAAGAGGUGAUUCUGGAUCUGCUGCAGUACGAGAACAUCGCUGUGCGUCGUGUUCUGAGUUCAGAGAAGGAUCUGGUCUCUCGGCUCGGAGUCACAGACUUCCCUUCGUGUUACCUGUACUACACACCCACCAACUACUCCAGACUCCCAGUGCAUAGUGAGGCUCGUACCUUUUACUCUUACGCCCUCCAGAGGCUGCCGGGUGUAGUGCGGUCAGGAAGACCUCACCCAGCCAUCACUGACCUGCAGAGGAACCAGACUGAGGAGCCGUGGAGGGAGUUCAACAGGACUCGUGUUUAUAUGUCUGAUCUGGAGUCAGCACUGCAUUAUUCUCUCCGUGUGGAGCUCUCUGCUCACAGCACCAUCAGCGGAGACGCUCUGACUGCGCUUCGGCACUACACCUCUGUACUGGCCAAGUAUUUUCCAGGCAGGCCUGCAGUGAGAGGUGCUUUGAAGGCCGUGGAUAACUGGCUACAAGAUCAGAAGGAAACACAAAUCUCAUACGAUGACUUCAGAACAGAACUGGACAGCACAGUACUGAGCGGUGAGGGGGUCCUCCCUGCAGGUGUGAGGUGGGUUGGUUGUCAGGGGUCUCGGCCGCAGUUUCGUGGCUAUCCCUGCGCCGUCUGGACACUCUUCCACGUGCUGACUGUAGAGGCCAGCACCUCGGGAAGCACAGAUCCUCUGGAGGUUCUCCGGGCUAUGAGGGACUAUGUAAGCAGUUUUUUCGGCUGUCGGCCGUGUGCCUCUCACUUUGCGAGCAUGGCGCGGGACCUUUCAAGUCAUUCGAUGACCACGCCGUCCGCCGCCGUCCUGUGGCUGUGGACUCAACAUAACAGGGUCAACCGCCGCCUGGCAGGAGAGCCAAGUGAGGACCCCCACUUCCCAAAGAUCCAGUGGCCUCCCCCAGAGCUGUGCCCUAAGUGCCAUAGCUUGAAGCUGGAGGGAGAGCACAACUGGAACGAAGUGGAGGUGCUUGCCUUCUUGCGCAGCUAUUUCUCCGCUGAACGCAUCUUGCCAGAUUACCUGCAGGAGGAGAGCGAAGCUAUGGCCCAGCAGAAGGCACUGCUCACAGCGGCCCAGCAGCAAAAAGAUACCAUCCGCAGAAAAGCCAGAGAAGCUCAGGAGACACCGUCCACCCAGCCGGCUCAGGAGGAAGAGGAGGAGGAAGAGGAGGAAGAGGACGAAGCAGCAGCAGUGGCCACUGAAGAGGAGGAGCCAGAGGGAAUGGGCGGAGCAGCAGAGGCAAGAGAGCCACAUCCGGCAGGUGAAGAGCCAAGCCCGCUUGUGGAGACUCCACCUCCAGGACGUACGCCCUGGGUCAAAAGACGGAUUCCACGCAGACCUGCCAUUGUGGGGCUGAAGCUACGGCAACGUCAAGAGGACAUAGUGGACCUGGACUCGUUCAUCAACCAACACUAUAAAGCCAAAGCACUCAGAGCGUUGUCUGCCAUGGUCGGACAGCGGCAGGAAGAGGCCGAAGAGCGCCGGCCGGAGAGUGUGAGGAGGAUGAAGCGGGAGCUUUUUGACCAGCAGGAGGCGCUGCUGAUGGAGCCGUAUCCCCAUCCACAGGGGAAACGCUGGAUGUCUCUGCUCAGUGUUGGCUUCUCCAGGCUGGACGUGAGUCUGUGUGUGUUGUUUUAUUUGCUGUCCACCCUCUGCCUCUCGGCCAUGUACCUGUACUUCAAACUGAAACGGCGCCUCCGCAGGGCAAAAGUGGCACUGCCCUAGUUUUCCUCUACAUUACGCCUCUAUACUGGAAAAUAACAAGCAUAACGUAAAUGGAAAAGGUACAGGAAUGGUUUUUAGUUGGGAUGCUCCAGACAAUUGACAAUACGAUUUUUACUAAAGAUGAAGGAAGACCAAGCCUAGCUAAUACUGCUUUAUUAAUCUAGCAAUAAUAUCAUCUAAAUACACAACCAAAGAAUUUGUAGUAUGCAGAGUGUAUGAAAAGACUUUUAUUAUUAAAAAUAAGGUAAUUUUACUGAAACCCUGCCAUAUAACAUUAUCAUAACCAUGCGAUUCACGUCAUGGCAGAUAUUAAGUGUUGUCAUGACUUGUCCUGACCGAUUUUGUUCAGUAAUAAAACAGGGCCAUGUUGCAAUUCCCCUUAAUUGUCCAUACAGAUGUCAUGUUUGACGUCAUGACAGCCGACUAGAUCAGCAAAAAUGAGGGACCUACGCUGUUAUGAUGUGAAGUGUUGCUUCAUAUCUCAUGACCGUUAUUGUUAAUGGUAACAUGACAGUUAUAUUACCGAAAAAAGUCAUUAGGGAUCUGCUAUAACAUGCUUAUGUCAUGGUUAUGUCAGUGUUAUGUUUCAGGGUGUUACCAAAAUUUAAAUUAUGUCCACUAAAAGGAUGUUGUGGUAAAUUUGGCUCAUACAUUUGGCGUGAUUAGCCAAUAAACAACUGAAAAUUGUCCAAUAAAAACUGGACGUUUUUGAUCUGGAGCCGAUCAAUCGGAGCAUCCCUCGUUUUCACUCUUAAAAACUAAGGUGCCAAAAGGGGUUCAUUGCGUGGUGACAUACAGUCUUUAAAAAGAUGGUUCUCCAUGGGUUCUUUAGUAAAGAGAGUGGUUCUAUAUAGAAGCAAGAACCAUUUGCAUGCUUAGAGUUCUUUGGAUGGUAAAAUGGUUCUACAGUUUGAAGGGGAAUGUGUUGUAUAUGGUUCCAAAUAGCACCAAAAAGUGUUCUUCUGUUGUUAUCGUGUCAAGCUUGUAUACAAUAGGAGAACACUUUUUGUUGCUAUACAGAACCAGUUUAAAAAUGUCAAAAAGAACACAUUCUCCACCAAUCUGAAGAACCAUGUAAGAAUGCAGAUGGUUCUUUGAGUGUUUGUGGUUCUAUGUAGAGCCAUUGUCUGUACUAAACUUUUACUAGAACCCUCUUUUUUUAAGAGUGUAGAUGAAGCACGAAUACCAGUGUAUUUUUCUGAAUUAGAAGUUUAAAGAGCCUCAACGUAAUGUAAAGGUUCUAAGAAGAGCCCUCUGGAAGGUUCUUCACACUCACAAAUCUCUUUUUUCAAACAAAACUCUUCGGGAAAUCAGUGACAUCAUGCAAAACCCCUUUUUGGGACCUUUAUUUUUAACAGUGGAAUUGAAACACAGUCUCUUAUCUUCUGAGUUGUUCUCACCUCUUUGUGGUCCGAUGUUUGGGAACCUCACUUAAGUGCCUCUAUUUCUAUAGAAACAGUUCAUGGAUUUUUUUUUUUUCCAGAAAACAUUUUGAAACAUUUAAACCACUUUUAUGAGGAAAGUUGUUUAAUAUCGUUCUCAUGGGGAGUGAAUACCACAGUCCAGCGCUGCUUAACUGAUGUGAAUGGAUGUUUAGUUUGAAUAUAGAUUUUAAUAUCUUAAACAACGUUUUGAAGGCUGAACAUAAACGAGUGCUCUCUCUCCUUCACUGUUUCUCUGAAGUCACAGUGAAGCCUCCCCGGUUCCUCUGGGUGUUAUUGGCUGGUCCUCCAGCUGGCUUUGAGUAAUCAAUGAAAACAGAACAAUGCUCACUUAUUGACAGCUUUUAAUGGAGUAAAUGGUUUAAUAGCUCUUAAAGUAAAUGGUUUUGCUUUAUCAAUAUUCUUUUUUUAAUUUAUUUGAUUGACACGAUGAUGUUUUUUGUUUGUCUCUUCCUCCUGAAGGACCUGUUUAGUCUGAUGGCUGAUCUGCUCAGAGGCCUCGGCUGGUCUUUGCUCAGUGGUGUAGUUAGAGUUGUGGUCGGAAACUAAACCGUGUCACUCAGAGAACUGUUCAAAAGUUUGGAAUCACUUGACAUAUUUGAUAACUUACAAAUAGACAGAUACAGUAUGUUAUAUAUAGUAAUUUAAGAGUUGACCUUUCAAAUAUGAGGCUUUCAGGAUAUGAACUUUAUUCAAAUUUCAUGCUGGAUGUUAAUUUUAAUUGAAAUUCCAUUCCGCAUAUUAAUUUGUUCAGAACUUGAUCCUAAAUAUUCAUUUAAUUAGAAUUCUGUUUUAGUUUUUAAUUUAAUUUCAGAUUCCAUUCUGGUUAUUAGUUUGAUUUCAAUUUAUAUCUGGAUAUUGAUUCUAUUAGAUCUUUAUGAAUUUUAUUAGAACUUUAUUCUGAAUGUUAAUUUUAAUAAAAUUUUAUUCUGCAUGUUUUUUUUAGAACUAAUUUAAUAUCCAGAGUGGGAUUUAACAUUUAAUUAAAAUUCUCUUCUGCAUAUUAUUUGUUUUAGAAUUUCAUUCUGGAUUGUAAUUCUAUUAGAACUUCAUUGUGGAUAAGAUGGAAUUAGAACUUAAUUUUGGAUAUUAAUUUAAUUAGAAUUUCAUUCCAGAUAUUAAUUUUGUUAGAACUUCACUCAAUGUUUAGAAGCUUUUUCAGCUUCUGUUCAUCAUUUUGGACACAUCUAACUUUUCUACAUUUUUUCUUUACAGCUUUGUGCUGAUUGAAAUUUCUGAAGUUAAGUGGCAGCAUCAUGUUAGAAUCACUGAAUACAUUGAUCUCCAUUUAUCUGGCAUUGAUUCUGUAUUGAUUGAACAGUGAUUCCAGUCUUUUGAACAGUAGUGUAUGCUGAAGGAUAUUGCUCAUGUUUUCUGUGUCCGGUCUGUGCAGUGUCCGGUCUGAUGGAGCAUAUUUCCUCUUUCUGGAGCAGAUUCGGCUCUCUGGAAAGCCAAUUAGCUGAAAACUGGGAUCCAGUCAGAGGAAAAUGAAGUGUUGCUCUCAUCACUGCAGCUGCCUGAGCAGAACGCUUUCUGUAUUCAGGUCCUUUAUUGAAACAGUCUUUCUAAUGAAGCUACUCUGCUGGUUGAAUAACAAUAAAAAUAUUUUUGCUAAAA